CGCCGGACUCUAUUGAGGGCCGACAGAAGAUGCGGGAGAAGUGGUUGCAUCAGGUGUUUGAUGCGGCCGACAGCGACCAGAAGGGAAUGUUAGACGAAUGGGAAACCAUUGCACUCAUGAAGAAACUCAAUGAUAAGCUCUGUAUUAGAAGCUUAAAGCAAAAGAUAAUGGAAUUUGAGUUCGGAAAGGAUGAGGAGGAAAGGGGUCGGAUCAGCAAAAAAGUGUUCAUUACUUUGUUUACAGAAUCCAGCACAAGACCUGACAUCUACUUCAUCCUCGUCCGAUAUUGUGGAAGAGAUUACAUGACUGUGGAAGACCUGCAGUUGUUUCUGGAGGGAGAACAGGGUGUGUAUGGUCUGAGUGUCGACGAGUGUAUGGAUCUCAUCAUGAAAUACGAGCCCUCAGAAGAGGCCCGAAAUAACAAGCAGUUACUCAUCGAUGGUUUCACUCAAUUCCUGCUCUCAGAAGAAUGCGAUAUAAUGUCAGUCCAUCACAAAGACAUCUGUCACGACAUGUCUCAGCCAUUAUCACAUUAUUUCAUCUCAACCUCUCAUAACACGUCAGUCUUAGUCACGAAGGCUAUUCAAUGGACACUAAUCUCUGCAUUCAUUGUAUUCACAGUUAUCUACUCGAAGACCAACUCAAAGGUCCGUCAAGUGCUGAGGGAUACGCCAGAGCUUUACUCCAAGGUAUUGUCUCUGCAAUCAUAUUCAGUGCGCUUUUGUUUGCUUAAUACAGAUUUUAUUAAAGGGUGUCGUUGUGUGAAAGUAGACUGUUAUGAUGGAAAUGAUGGUCCCGUUGUAUAUCAUGGAAAUACAUUAACUUCUAAAGUAGCUCUGGAGGACAUCCUCGAGACCAUUCAUGCCAAUGCUUUUGUCGUCUCAGAAUAUCCAUUGAUAAUCCAUUUGGAGAAUCACUGUUCGGUGGACAACCAGAAGCAGAUGUCAACGAUGUUUAGGAAUACUUUCGGUGCGACUCUUCAUAUUCCUAGCGCUGAAGAACCCUUACUCGCGGCUCAAGUAUCACCGGAACAACUGCGGGGAAAAGUCAUCAUAAAGGGAAAGAAGUUAUCACCAAAUGGUGACACAAACGACGGCAACGUUAGCGACGAAGACGAUGAAUCUCGCGGAAGAGAUGUUCACAACAAACACAUUCCUUUGUGUCCAGAACUUUCAGAUUUGAUUGCAUUGACUCGGAUUAGAUUAUCUGACUUCUCAUCACUGCAACAAUCUCAGUCAGAAGUGAGUCAAUUGAGCGAAGCGUUGGCCUCCAAGUUGGCGCUGAGUUGUGCCGAGGAGUUGGCCCACCAUAACAAGGCCUUCAUCACUCAGGUCUCGCCCGAUGUCAGUCGUGUCGACUCGAGUAAUGUCAAUCCACUGGACUUCUGGAACUGUGGCGUCCAAUUAGUCGCUAUGAAUUACCAGACCGGCGGACAAAUGAUGGAUCUGUACAGGGGUUGGUUCAGUCAAAACGGUUCGUGCGGUUAUGUAUUGAAACCGGCGUUUCUUAGGGAAAGGUUCUGUUUGUUUAACUCCAGACGGAAAGACUCGUUGCCCGGGAUCGAUCCGUUGUGUAUUCGCCUAAAGAUAAUAAGUGGUCAGCAGUUGCCUCGGCCUCGAGGGGCGUCCAGGAUCGAUCCGUUGUGUAUUCGCCUAAAGAUAAUAAGUGGUCAGCAGUUGCCUCGGCCUCGAGGGGCGUCCAGUAAGGCCACGUCAAUAGACCCCUAUGUGAUGGUCCAGAUGUUUGGUGUGUCGGCGGACUGUGCGGAGGCGCGCACGAGAACCGUCUCCAACGAUAAUCCCCUCUUUGAGGAGAGCUUCGAGUUCAACGUAUCGGUGCCUGAAUUAGCGCUCUUGAGGUUUGUGGUGCUCGACGACGACUAUAUCAACGACGACUUCAUCGGCGAGAAAGUGGUUCCCGUGGAGUGCAUCCAAAGCGGUUACAAACACAUUAGACUCAAUAACAUGAACGGCGAAUGUCUUCCCACCGCCACUCUCUUCGUCCACAUCUCUCUGACCCAUCGGUACGGAUCCAAACAGAAGUUGCGACGGAAAAGGAGUUGGUCUCAGAAACAGUCCACUGAUUUGCGGUCUAUUGGUGUCAAAGCCAUUGACGAACAGUUCAAAAACGCCUCCACUUUAAUACACGAGUCAAUCCAAUUGAGGAGAGGUGUCGAGAAAGUUAUCAUUGAUUUGUGCGAUGAGUGCUCUUUGCAAGAGUCGGCUAAUAUGGCUCAAUGUCUGCGAGUGGUCACUCUUAGGCUGGCCUCCACUUCCACCGUUCAAACGUGCGAAGUGGUCACCACUGAUCAGGGGUAUCCGGUACUGAGAGCUACGGGAGAGUUGACACCAAAGCUAACGAAGACAAUGAAUACCGUAGAGAAAGCCGUCUCUGAGUUCUAUUACGUGACCCAAAACGCCAAGAACUCCAUAGAAAUGUUGUCUGAGAUUCACGAAACGGUCGUCAGUCUUGGCGAUCAAUUGCCCACUCAUUGUACGUCUCAAAGCAUUAAAGGCAGAAAAGCCGACAAAAUCGCUGAAAACUUCAUGUGGGAUAUGAGUGUCUUAAGGACUGAAAUGGAUUUGUUGAGUGCCAUCAAAAACGACUGCGAGUGUGCCUUAAAACAGGUCGAGAGGUUGGGAUCAUCGCUGAAGAGGAUCUUUCAGAGGGAAAGGGAGAGCAUUACGUCGAGUUCGGCGAAGGAUCCGUUGGCGGUCCCGGUGCUGACCGGCGCUACACUCACACCACAACCGGAGCCAAAACAGCCGCCGCCGUCACCCCUAUCGCCAGGCGAUGGACGCCUUCGAGGCAUCCUUAAGAAGACGUCGCAAUCUUCCAGUCCUUCAGCUUUAGAUCAAAAUGAGUUACAUUUUCACGAAAAUGUUUUCUUAAGCAGUGAUGAGUCAAACGCUUCUAAUUCUCCAAAACUCAAUAAUAGCUAACAAACAGUUU